AUGUUGGGACAAAGCAUCCGGAGGUUCACAACCUCAGUGGUCCGUAGGAGCCACUGUGAGGAGGGUCCAGGGAAGAAUUUACCAUUUUCAGUGGAAAACAAGUGGUGGUUACUAGCUAUGAUGACUUUGUACUUUGGGUCUGGAUUUGCUGCACCUUUCUAUAUAGUAAGACACCAACUGCUUAAAAAAUAAUCAAUGAGACAGAUACGAAGAGGAGCAU